CAUAGCGAGUCACUGCAUGCAUAGAGGAAGAGAGGCAGGCAGGCAUGGGAACCGAGCCAGACCCCGAGCCAAGCUCACCUAAGCUGUCCUUCUAUUCCCUCCCGAGGCAACCAACCGAGCCUGCAGGCAUGCUGACUCCGCCGUUCCGGCCUUCAGCCUCGGUCCCAUUCGUAUGGGAAGAGGCGCCGGGAAGGCCCCGAACCUGCGACUCCAAACCAGCCAGCGCAAGGUGCUUGGAUCUUCCACCAAGGCUCCUGACCGAGAUGAUAAUUACCAGUUUGCCCUCCCCAACGACUGUACUGGAAGGACCGUACGUGGGCCGGUCCGUCUCCUGCUCUUCCUUCAGAGAGGCACAUCUGCGCCGUUCGUUCAAGGGCGGUAGUCACAGGAGCAUCAGCCCUGAGGAGGCCCAGCUUGGGACCGUUCGAAGGAAAGAGAAGGAGAGGGGGGUGGGGUUUUGGGGGAAGAGGGUGGGGAAGGUGAAGGGUGGGCCAGGGAUGAUGAACGGUGAUGUAGAUGGUUCUGUUGUGCUGUCCUCAUCUCCAUCGUCAUCUUCUUCUUUUGGUGAGAGAUAUGAGAAUCCAAAGGUGAAGAUCACGAGGUUUAGAAGGAACCGGAGCUUGUUGAAUGUUUCCAGCCCCACCACCACUCACUUUUGGGCAAGCAUAUACGGGAGCUUUAAGCAGGUGCUUCCUUGGAGAACGAGAAAAUUGAAGAACUGAUGCGCCCUCCUCAACCGUACGUUUUUCCAAUCAUCGCAUGCCACGUGGCCGUUUAAAUAGCGUUGAAUAUGUGAAGGGAUAAAGUACUUUUUCUUUUUUGCUACUCGUUUCUCGGGUGCGCGUGCGACACGAGUGCAAGACCCAAUCUGCUAAUCGGGCAGAUCUGACACAAUUGUUGGUUGGAUUCGGAUUAUUAGUCAUUUUCUCUUGACUAUUUCCCUCUAGUGAUAGGCCCAUCUGAUGAGUGGCUUGUAUGUAACACGCUUGUGACACGCUACACGUGUGUGGUGCGAGUUUAAGAAUAGUGUACUCGGUCGAGUUCUCUUGGAUUUGGGAAUGAGGGUUUAUUCAUAGUUAAUGAAUAUGUAAUCUGCAUUAAUUAUGACAUAAGCUCCCUUUAAUUGCGAUAUUGCGAAUCUUGUAUAUACGUGUGGCUGGUUUUUAUUAGAUGUAAUCAUCAUGGGGCCCAUUUGGGGGUUU